AUUUGGAACCUGAUGUCCCUCUACCCAGGUGACUGAACAAGUCACUAAGCUCGAGCUGUUCUGGAAUCUUUGAGGACUGUUCUUGCUGUACCAUUGCUUCAUGGCCAGAAAUAGAUAACUUUCUGACUGCAAAGGUCACAUGGCCCUUGUUGUCUAAAUUCACUCCUGGACGAUUUAAUAACUUCUCAUUUAGGUGCCUUCCUCUACUCUGUGUUUAGUUUGGGCUGCUGCUUUGUCAUUGUGGAAGGCUGUGUGUCUGAUAAAUUACCUCUUCCUUGUCAUCUGAUCUUACAGAAGAUCUCUAGAUCUCUAUGUAUCUUUUGUAAAUAUACUCAUGCCUUCUCUGUAGCUGAGGACUUCACUGCAUAGAGAGACUACAAGACGCAUUUCAAGAUCAUUCUGAACUGAUACAGCUUCGGGCUUUACUGUGAGAGGAAGGUCUCAAGCCUCAGCAUGUUGGUUGCUUUGUAUCAGUGUUGAGUGCUGUGCUUCUUGGAUUUGAAAGACCCACCUGUUGUUAACAAGACAACUGCUGAAACAUGGUGGAUUAUUAUGAAGUUCUGGGAGUGCAGAAGCAUGCCUCAGCAGAAGAUAUUAAAAAAGCGUACCGUAAAUUGGCAUUAAAAUGGCACCCUGAUAAGAAUCCAGAAAAUAAAGAAGAAGCAGAGCAGCAAUUUAAACAAGUAGCCGAGGCCUAUGAAGUUCUGUCAGAUGCUAAAAAACGUGACAUCUAUGACAGAUUUGGAAAAGAAGGCUUAAUAAAUGGAGGUGGAGGUGGAAGUCACCAUGAUAAUCCAUUUGAAUUUGGAUUUACAUUCCGUAACCCAAAUGAUGUCUUUAGGGAGUUUUUUGGUGGAAGGGACCCUUUUUCAUUUGAGUUCUUCGAAGAUCCUUUUGAGGACUUCUUCGGGGGCAGACGAGGUCCAAGGGGAAGCAGAAGCAGAGCUGGUGGAUCAUUUUUCUCUGCCUUUGGUGGAUUCCCUGCUUUUGGAAGUCCUUUUCCUUCAUUUGACACAGGUUUUACUUCAUUUGGUUCUCUGGGGCAUGGAGGCCUUACUUCGUUCUCCUCUACGUCAUUUGGUGGCAGUGGGAUGGGAAACUUCAAAUCAGUAUCAACCUCAACUAAAAUAGUUAACGGCAGAAAAAUUACUACAAAGAGAAUUUUUGAGAAUGGACAAGAGAGAGUAGAAGUUGAAGAAGAUGGCCAGUUAAGGUCACUAACAAUAAAUGGUGAGGCAAAUGAAGAAGCCUUUGCUGAGGAGUGCCGACGGAGAGGACAGCACGCCCUGCCCUUCCAGCCCACCAACACUCGCCUGCUGAAGCCACACAAGCCUGCCAGUUCCCCCAGAUAUGCCUAUCAUUACAAUAGCGAUGAGGUGGAAGAGCAAGAAAAGAGCCGGGUUGCAAGCAGCUUGGAGAACCCCUUUUAUUUAUCAGGAUACAAAGAAGGCAGCAAGAGGAGGAAGCAGAAGCAGAGAGAGGAACAGAAGAAGAAGAAGUCAACCAAAGGGAGUUACUAAAAUGGACAUCUCUGCUAUGCCAAUCCCUUUAUUAAAACGGCAACUUACGUUACAUUUGA